AUACUAACAUUCAAAUUUCAAACAUUACAAUUAACCAAACCUUUUUUAUUUCCCCAACUAUAUACUAAUCCUAAACACACACAUCAUAACAAUAAACACCUUCAAAUAAUAUAUAUAUCAUGUCUUCAAUACAAACUUCAGUUCUACUUUCUUGUUCUUUAUCGUCGUCUUCAAAUAGAGUAAUCAAUGCUUCAAUCCAUCUCCCAAAACUCACAAAUAUUUCAUUGUCAAAGAUACAAACUAGAAAACAAGUUGAUGAUCAAGAACUAAAAGUAAUCAAACAGUACAAAAAUACUCCAUUAUUAGAAAACAACAACAUCACACAAAUAUUACAAGAUCAACAACAAAAGCAUUCUACAAUUUCUAAUGCUACAGUUCAACUCUAUGCAGUCUUGGAAGCUGUAUCAGACAGAAUAGAAAUGCAUCACAACAUUGGCGAACAACGUAACAACUGGAAUAAUCUUCUAUUAAACUCAAUAAAUAUGAUUACUCUCACUGCUACAACCAUGUCUGGUGUUGCAGCUGUCACAAACGGGGAAGGUGCACCACUUAUGGCUAUGAAACUGUCCUCUGCUCUUUUAUUCUCUGCUGCCACUGGAUUAUUGCUUAUCAUGAACAAAAUCCAACCCUCUCAACUCACAGAGGAACAAAGAAAUGCUACAAGAUUGUUCAAACAACUUCAAAGCAAUAUUCAAACUACAAUAGCUCUUGGAAAUCCUAGUGAGGAAGAUGUUAAGGGUGCAAUGGAAAAAGUUUUGGCCCUUGACAAAGCAUAUCCACUUCCAUUAUUAGGAGCAAUGCUUGAAAAAUACCCUGCAAAAUUUGAGCCUGCUACUUGGUGGCCUUCCAAAAAAGGAAAAACACAAAGCAAGAAAACGGGGAAAAUGAAUAAUGGAUGGAGUGAAGAAUUGGAAAUGGAAAUGAGGGAAGUUGUUGACGUGGUAAAACGAAAAGACGCUGAAGAUUAUGACAGACUUGGAAACAUAGCUUUGAAGGUAAACAAGAGUUUGGCAAUUGCAGGGCCAUUGCUCACAGGAAUUGCAGCUAUUGGAUCUACAUUUAUUGGCAAUGGUAGUUCUUUGGCUGCAUUUGUUCCUCUCUUGGCUGGUUCAUUGGCUUCUGCUGUUAAUACUUUUGAGCAUGGUGGACAAAUUGGCAUGGUUUUUGAAAUGUAUAGAGCUUCUGGUGGUUUCUUCAACUUGAUAGAAACUUCAAUUGAAUCAACUUUGGGAGAGAAAGAUUUAGAGAAAAGAGAAAAUGGAGAGCUAUUUGAAAUGAAAAUGGCUUUGCAAUUGGGAAGAAGUGUAUCGGAGCUGAGGGAACUUGCAUCAAAAUCAGCUUCUUAUCGCAUGGAAGGUGUUGACAUAGAUGAAUUUGCAAGCAAAAUAUUCUAAGACAUAUAAAUUAUUUAAUUCAUUUUUUAAUGUGUUAUUCUUUCAUUCUUUGUAGUUACCUGACUUUAUAGAAAAGAAACUUUGUUUAGAUCAACUUACACAUAUGCAUGCUUCUAGUUCUUACUGUUCUGUUUUUCUUUUUCUUUUU